GCGAACGUUCCGAAUCCCGUGUAAAUAAACUACUGUUUACUACUACGCUGUUCUGGGGAAGGCGGAGGACGAUGUGAGGCGUGUGGAGAUGGACACGCACUCCUGUCUCGACUCCUCCAUCCUGGCCAUGUUUGAGGACUCUUCCACACCAGCAGAGGCCAGGAGCAGGGUGGAGGAGGAGAGUGAGACCAGUCUGCUGUGUGCCCUGACGGAGAUACUGGACAGCGUAGGAGAUGAAGCCUUGUCUCCCUUCGACAGCCUGCCAGACUCCGCCCUGCUGUCCAGCCACCGACGCAGGGACAGCCCUCCGGUCGUUAUCAGUGAAAAGCUCAGGAGUUCUGCUACUGCAGCCAAACCGACCAAUGAGUGCCCGCCUCCCUCCCCUCAACCAAUAGAAUCAGGAUCACAGAGAACGGAGGCGGAGCAGGAAGUCUUCACCUCUGCAUCAUUGGUCAACCUGGUGAGACUCAUGCACCCCUACUGUCUCCGGGUGUGCCUGGAGGAGGAGGGGAACAGCUGGGUCACCGCACCCAGGAGAAAGGCCUUCCCUUGGGGGGAAACAAGUUCGGAUCACAGGGUAGCCCUGGAGGGGGAGAUCUGGCGGUACGAGAAGCCGACGGACUCCGUCGACAGCGACGAGGAGAUUGACGUAGACGUUUCUGACGACGACAGUCCGGCGAAGAGGAUGAAGAGAGAGGGUGAAGCAGAGGAGGGCGGGAGGAAAGGUGGAGAGAGAGACGGAGGCGAGGUGAAGACUCUGAGAGGGGUGUUGGUGAAAUCGGACGAGGACAGCGUCAGGAGUCAGACCGCCAAGGAGAAGAAGAGGGUGAGCUUCGCCCCAGUCCUGGUGACGUCGUACCAGAUACCGGCAGCGGAGGAACCCGACUUGAACCAGCUUCCAGACCUCAGUGAGCUCACGGGUGGACUCGUUCCCAUCACCCUGACAACGACGACAUCCCCCGAAAACCCCUCCUCCCCCUUCUCAGAAUCCUCCGCGAAACCGUCCACGGACGACGGUAGCGGUCGUGGUGAGUUGUCGGAGGUUGCGUUGCUUCCUGCGCCUGGAAGCGACCCCAAACCCAAACCUCUCAGCCUCCAGCAGUACCGGCAGCUCCGGCAGGAGAAGCGACUCCCUCUGGUGGAGAAACAAGGUAACUACACCACCAGGUGGCCCUCGCUCCUGGAGACUCCCAAAGAGCUCACACCCAUCCCCUGUCUGCGUGGGACCGGACUUCACAAACCACCGGGUCACCACGUCACACCUUGCUCAGAUGGGAUUCGAACCCAUGAUCACGAACGUGACGUCGGUGGGUUCGGAUCUGAAGUCGACGGGAGGAAGGCUUUGUCUCCCGCCAGGCCGGUGGUGCAGCUCAAAGCUGUCGAAACUACAAGCAGCAAAGACUCAGGCGUCCGCGGGCCGAAGCGAGUGAGGGUCGGGAUUAAGACCAGGGCAACAUUGCCUGCGACUGUAAACCUAUGUAAUCCCACACCGGUAGCGGGUGUUACCCAGAUUAAGACUAGUCCAGAGAAGAGAUCCAGUCCCGACAAAAGGUUGUUAUUGGUCAGCAGUGAUCCUCCUAAUCCCGUCCUCGUUCCUUUGUCCUCCGGCCGUCCCUCCGUCGAUCCGUCCGACCAACCUCCACCGUCCACCCUCCCCUUCCCGGUGCCAGGGCCCAAAAAGGUCUUCUGUAACUGGGAUCCCAACCUCAAAAGCACCAGUCUCCUCCAGGAGAUCCAGAAAACGUUUUCCAAAGCACAUCUUCCAAAGGAACCUGUAACCAUCAACUCCCCAACUGUUACACCAAGUCCAACUGUUACACCAACACCUACACCAAUCAAACCCAAAGCAGAGACUUGUAAGCAACCACAACAACAGUACUACACUCACAGCACAAGAAACAAACUUGAAUCUUUCCCAAAGAGGCCACAGCUUCCUUCCUCCCGGCCCUCCAUCACGCCCCCCAUCCCUGCCCAAACCCUCAGCCCAGAGGAGGAGACUGCAGACGGGACACGCCUCAGGACUGUUCCCCCUGGUCCUCCAUCCACCACCUCCACCCAGGGAAGCAUCGUCACACAGGCCCCCGCCUGUGAUUCAGGUAUAGAAGCCACUGAUCUGACCAGCCUGCUGGAACAGUUUGAAGAAACACAAGCCAAUGAGAAUAACCCAGAGGGCCAGACCCCCACACCAAUAGGGGGCAGCACUGCAGCACGGCCCCUUUCAGAACCAGAACAGAUCAGAACGCCAGACUCUAUCCUAUCUCCCACCACGGAACACUUUAAAACUCAGGCCUCUGGGGUUCCGGAAGCUCUCGAUAUUCCGGAACAGCUUUUCGGAAUCGUGGACGACGCCACCACCCCGGAACCCCUCAGCGAUGAGAUCGUUCUCGGCGGUUGGGAAAUCGCCCCUGCUUCACAGCGUUGGAAACCCCUUGCCCCCGCAACCCCCCAGAAGAAACAGCCGGCGUGCCCCAAACUCCCCCUUCCCAAGGCCAUCCAGAUCAUUGACCCCCGACCCCUGCCCACCAGAAAAUCCCAAGCCAGCUCCCCCAAGCCCGCCGCCCCCCCCCCAACCACCUUCCAGAUUCAGAUAGCUGUGUCUGUGUCCUCUGACCAUGACUACUGUGUGUGUCAGGACCAGCCAGCAGCUAAUGCUACACAGUGCAUCAAGACACAAGCUGCGGGCUACAAUGCUAGCGCUAACUCUGCCACCAAAAGACUGAGCACAGUGCUUGACGCCAUCGCUAACAGUACGUUAAAAAACGUACAGCUGCAGGUGCGGAACACAGCCCUGGACCGCAGAACGGCAGAAUCCGCCUUUGUCUCAAGCUGCAGCGCCACGCCUAGGUCGGAGGCCGGUACUGCCACGGAGGCUCAUGAGGGGGAGGGGUCCAAGCCGUGCAGCCCCUCGCCGUCUCCCCCUCGCGCCGGGAGAGGGAGGGGGGAGACGAGACGGUAUCGGGGGAGUUCCCAUCACUCAGACUCCAGGUCCCCCCUCUCCUGCUCCUCUUCCUCCUCCUCUUCAUAUUCCUCUUCCUCCGGCUCGUCCUCCUCUCCGUCCAGGUCUCGCUCGCCUCGAAGGAAGAGGUUCCGUCCCAGGCGCUCUGAGAGCAGCUCCUGCUCAUCCUCUUGUUCAGGUUCUCGUUCCCCGACCAGACCCUACCGGAUCCCCCACUGCAGAACCCGGCCCAGCAGAACCCGGCCCAGCAGAUCCCGCUCCGGGACCGAGUCCUGGUCCAGGUCCCGGUCCAGAUCCCCCGCACGACGCCUGCCCAGAGGCAGAAGGAGAGACAUCUACAGCCCGACGUACCAUCCGACCAGCAUCACUGAAUCCAGGAAACGGAAACGACAGCAAGACCUGAAGAUCCAGAAACUGGAAGCCAUAGACGAGCGCAGGGUGGUGUAUGUGGGCCGCAUCAGGAGGACCAUGACCCACGAGGAGCUGAGGGAACGCUUCUCUCUGUUCGGAGAGGUGGAGAACUGCUCCCUGCACUUCAGAGACAGAGGCGACCACUACGGCUUUGUGACGUUCUACAACAUGGAGGACGCAUUCUCCGCCAUCGAGAACGGCACCAAGCUGCUGAGACGGCCCGACGAGCUGCCCUUUGACCUCUGCUUCGGGGGCAGGCGGCAGUUCUGCAAGUCCGGCUACGCCGACCUGGACUCUAACCGGGAUGUGGACCCGCCCCCCGCCCCAAACAGGCUGGGAGAGCUGGACUUUGACUCUCUCCUAAAGCAGGCCCAGAAAAACCUAAAGAGGUAGCAGGGUGAGAGAGGGGAGGGAGGCGUAGGUGGAGG